AUUUUUUUUAGCUGCCGUUCAGUUUCGAUCCUGCAGAAAAACACGCAUUGUGCGCUGAAGACUCAGUCACGCACAUGUACAAAAAAAAUGAAGCCCACAUUAUUCUUCUUUUUCAUCAUUUGGUUUACAGAAACAGAGCUGAAGCCCCGCAAAGGGCCCGCAGUGUUAUGCACCUUUAAAGACAAGACCUACAGUCCAGGAGACAGCUGGCAUCCCUAUCUGGAGCCCCUGGGAUUCAUGUUCUGCAUGCGCUGUGUCUGUUCAGAGGCAGGUCAUGUGAAAUGUAGCACAAUCAAGUGUCCAACUCUGCCGUGUGAAAACCAAGUAGCUGAGCCUCAGCAGUGUUGUCCCAGAUGCACAGAUGAGCCCCGGGUCCCUGCAGGGCUGAGAGCCUCGGUGAAGUCCUGCAGGCAUAAUGGAAGUAUUUAUCAGCCGGGGGAAACCUUCACUAAGCUCGACCUCUUCCCAUCCAGGCAAAGCAAUCAGUGCGUCAUGUGCACUUGCUCCAAUGGAAACAUCUUCUGCGGUCUGAAAACAUGCCAGCCGAUCACCUGCUCCGCUCCGGUCUCCGUCCAGGAUACCUGCUGUUUGGUGUGUAAAGAUCACGGCGCCAGCGGUUCAUCGUCGACUGAGGAUGGAAACCAGCAACUAAACAGAGGCGUGAGGCAUUCGGUCGACCAGUGCUCCGGGGAGCAGAGCAGGACACGGUUUGACCGCGCCACUCCUUUCAAGGUCAGGACUUCUCCACGAGGCCUGAGCCUCAGUAGACUUAACCUCGGGGGGGCUUCCGAGACCACCGUGAAGAUCCUGAUGCAGAGGAGGCACCAGAGAGCUUGUUUGUACAACGGCAAGACGUACUCGCAUGGAGACAUGUGGCACCCAGUUUUGGGGAAGGUCCUGGAAUGCAUCUUGUGCACUUGUACCGACGGCCUCCAGGACUGCAAACGCAUCACGUGUCCCAGACGGUACCCGUGCCAACAUCCUGUGAAAUCAGCUGGAAAGUGCUGCAAGACUUGUCCAGAGAACGAAGCUGGAAGUAACCAGACCCGGUGCUUCCUCGGACAUAAGAAGCGCCUCUCGGUGUAUAAAGUAGACUCAUCUUUGAAAGUUGAUCCGACCAACGCAGUUCGGAUCAUUGCCGUUGAAAGACAAAGUCCUGCUGAGGUUGAAGUGCAAGUUUGGAAGACCGUGGAAGCGCCGUGUGCAGUCUCUCCGCAGGCCCGUUUGAUCACCAGCUGUCCAAUUAUCACCGCGGUUGCAAUGACUCAGCCAGUGUGCAACUGCAGGUUUGGUAGACUGAGUGGGCGCUCUAUAAUAAUAUUGCUCCCCUUCUCUGUGAACUCCCAGCGAGCUCUCUCUGUCCCCUCCCUCCCACAAUCACUCAUUGUGUUUCUUUUACGCUCCGAGCCACACAACUCUGUCUCCCAUGAAACAAUAUUUUGAAACGGACGCACUCCCCUUGUGCGCCUUCAUUACACUCACAAAAAGCCGGGCGUGUUUUUGUGUAGUUGGCCUCAUUGCUGCAAACUUAAAAUGAGUAUUCAACAUUUCCACGUCUCCGUCUUCCAACGCACGUCAUUCAAUGGGGAUUAUGAUUGACUUUCAAACAAACGUGUCGCAUCUGCACGGCAUGUUUCGAUGUCUUUGCCUACUGUUUUUGAUGCAAAUCACUCCUUAUUUAGAGGAUGCUUGAGUUUGUCUCCCGGGCCGAUUCUGCUCUGCAUGCUUAGUUGUGGCGAUUGUAGCAGCCGGGGGCAGUCAGCGGGGUAUAAAUCAUGCAGUCGGUCGGCUCUCUGUGUACGUGUGCUUCGGCCCCUGCUGCCCAAGAGGCCCAGAUUCAGUGAGAAGCGAAAUAAAAAAAAAAACGUGUGACUCGGGGUCACGACUUGGCCCGGAGUGGGAAAAACUUCUGAGGCAUCGCGGUAACGUUGACGCAUCUCAGAGAACAUCCAUUCGUGCAUGAAGUUUUUUUACACACUUCCCGUUGAAGGGUUUCUCUGCAGAGUCCUCUGCAGUAACCGAGCUGUCUUCCACGGGAAAGCAACCGGGUUUUAACUCGUUUCAAAAGAUCACAUGCCCUCGUGUGCUGCAGCAGGUAGUUCCUCGCAUCUACGCCCGUUUUAUGAGGAACUCAAGCGUCGCAAAUCGGGCAGUCUUUUGAUUCAAAGGGAGCCAAAUUGUGUUAAUUGAGUCUGAUAGACGUGUUUGCUUUUGAGCACGGUGCUCAGCAGAAGCCCUGAGUUUACACUUCAUCAAAAUACUUCUGAAGUCUAUCAAGGGCUCUGUUUUUUUACGCCCUUAUCCCCUCGUUAAUCAAGUUUGGCCUGAUCAUUUUAGUGGAGGAUUGGCGUCUGGCCAAGAGAACAUGAACAAUACGGUGAGACAUGCAGUGAACUCUUUGUUCCUUAUCUCUUCCCCCCCCGAGCAGCUCAGUCUAAGGGUCAUGCAUUUAAACACGUGUUGUUCGCAGACCUGCAGACCAUUAAAAGCAGAGCACAGCGAGAUGUUUCACAGGACGCAGGAGACCCGACAGCUUUGCGGUCGCGAUCUUUCACUAAUAACGACCUCUUUUCAGACGCUUGGCCAAAGAGCCUCCGAAGCCUUUUCCGGGGAUUACAUGAUAAGCGUGUCACAGUUCAAUUGUCCCAUCACAAUAAAUGAUGAAUAGGUCCGGUCCGCAGUGAACUCAUUUGGCACCGGAGUAAUGAGGAGUGUUGAUGAGGUAUUCGGACUCGUUCUUCUCGAGCCAAAUCCGGCGUCUGAUUCUCCACAGGGUUGUUCUCCAAGCUUAACUGUUGGCCUUCAACUUGAGAGCCCAAACAAAUCCAACCCAAACAUUUGUCAAGGUUUCGCAGCGACGGCCGCUCCAGAUGUGAGAAUGUGCAGCGCUGAAAUAUACAGAGGAAAAUAAACACAAACUUAUAGAUGUAUAAAGAAAGAUCCGUCCCGCCUUUCUCCACCACGUCUUUUGUUAUUUCUACUUCUCGACUGUGUGUUGUAUUACCCAGCCGAACGGAUGGUAAUGUGUUUUCAGUUAAUAACUCACCUCAUCGCCUUUUUUUUUUAAUGUUAACAACAAAAGGGCAGCCGGGCCUUUUUUUGGGUCUGCGUGUUUAUUCUGUGUUGACGUUAAUGUGAGCAAGAGUCCAAUAAAAAUAAAAAGAGACACGCGA